AUGUCUCAGCAAUCAAAUGAUGAAUCUCUCGUUUCAGACUCAGCAGCACCGGAGGAGUCCUCUAACCCUAAUAGGGUCCUUAAGGUUGUCCCUUUAAGGACGAUUAGCAAUGACGAACUAAAGGCCACAAAGCCUAAAACGACUCAUGCAAAACGAUCCAAGUAUGUCGAUAGCGCAAUUACCAGGAUUGUUAAUCAUAUUUUGAAGGAGAAUCAUCACGUGCCUGGAAUAUCUAUUCCUCUUCAAACCAUAAUGGCUGAUCCCCUUAAUAACACCAGUAAGGCUGAGGCUGUUCACACCGUUGAUAGUGACCUAGAAAUCAACAAGGAUGAACAAGGGGUUACUAAGAAUACCAGUGUCACCGAGAAUGUCAAUGACAUUGAUAAUAAUGAGCAACCUAAGGCCAAUACUGAAACUGAUACUAAUGUGGUAGACUUAGAUGAGUACUCUGACGACGAAUUACUUACCUCCUUGAAUUCGAGUGUAGCCAACAGGCUAAUGACAAGAAGAAAAGGCAAAGCUGUUGUUCAAGGAUCACCAAAAGGGAGCACUCAAGUGAACAACUCUACCAAAGACAUUGUCAGGAAGAAGAGUAAUUCUACAGGUCCUGUCAAGAGCAAAGCUGUUACCAAGGGUAAAAGGUUUGGUCCUCCAAAAUCCUGGAGCAGGGUCAUUCCAAAGAAAAGAAAAGAGCGGGAAAUUAUUGAACGUGAAUCUGAUGUUGAAGUAAAUGUCCCUAACAUUCCAUCAAGGAAGAAGCCUACAACCAGUAAGCUUGCUGCUAACAUCCCUGAAGUUCCCAUUGAUAAUGUGUCUUUUCACUAUGCCUCUAGUGUCAGCAGCUGGAAAUAUGUUCUCCAAAAGGGAUUUGCUGUUGAAAGAGAAUUGGCUCCAAAUGCUCUUGAAAACAAGGAGGUCUUAGAGCUGGUUCAAGAAGCUGGACUGCUAAAAACUGUGUGCAAUCUUCCUAAAUGUUAUGAGAAACUGGUCAAAGAAUUUGUGGUAAACCUAUCUGAAGAUUGUGACAAUAGCAAAAAUGCAGACUACAGAAAGGUGUUUGUAAGAGGUAAGUGUGUAUCCUUCUCUCCUUCUGUGAUUAAUAAAUUCUUGGGAAAAACAGAUGAAGCUCAAAUUGAGCUGGAAGUAACAGACAACCAAGUCUGUCAAGUGAUCAUAGCCAAGCAGGUAAAAAGCUGGCCCAUGAAAGAGAAGCUAACUGCAAGUAAGCUUAGCAUCAAGUAUGCAAUGCUUCAUAAAAUAGGAGCAGCUAAUUGGGUUCCAACAAAUCACAAGUCCACUAUCUCAACUGUGCUUGGUAGAUUUCUGUACGUUAUAGGAAAAAAGGUAAAGUUUGAUUAUGGAGCAUAUAUUUUCGACCAAACCAUGAAACAUGUUGGAAGCUUCAGUAUUAAGGGUCCAAUUUCCUUUCCAUCCCUCUUGAGUGGUGUAAUUCAGGAUCAAUAUCCAAACACUCUCAAUGAACAUGACAUCAGCUGA